CUGCAAAAAAGACCACGAACUUGUCUAUGCGAGAAGAGACCAUGUUUAAGAAAGCCUUCGAGCUUUCAACUCUGUGCGACAUUGAAGUCUGCGUCAUAUAUUAUGGUCGUGACGGAGAACUCAUCAAGACAUGGCCGGAAGAUAAAUCUAAGGUUCGAGACAUGGCUGAGAGAUUUACCAAACUCAACGAGAGAGAGAGACGCAAGAAAAGCACAAACCUUUCUCUGUUGCUAAGGAAGAAGAUCCUCGACGACAAUAAGCUCUCGGAGAAAGUCUUGGAGAUGAAGGAUUCGUUAGAAAGUAGUCUACGGAUAUUACAAGAUAAGCUUUUGUUACUCCAACCCCAGAACCAGACCGAGUUAGGUAAGAGCCGUACGGUUUCCUCCACAACGAAUCCAUUGUCUUCUCCUGAGAAUCAUCAUCAACAAUGGACAGAACCAUUAAUGAAUGGUGUGUCAAACACAGAGAAAGAGCUAUUGACGUCAUCAUUGAGUCAACAUCAGAGCAAAUUUUCAGUCUUUCUCUAUAACCAUGACAAUGGUAGCUUCUAUCAAGUCCCUGACUCUGUUUCUAGCUUUGACCAAUCGACCAGUACGGCUUUACUUGGGGCACAAGGAUCUGGUCUUAGAAGUAACUUUGAUCUUCCCAUGGUGUUUCCUCCUCAGAAGCAGACACAAACCCAACUUGUCCACUUUGAUCAGUUUGCGCCAUGGAAUCAAGCACCAUAGGUUUUGUUGUUCCAAGAUCUAAUCUUGGACUUGAUCUACGUUUUACUAUUUUCUGUUAUCUAUGUAUUCUCAGUUUUGAUUAUGAGUUUAACUGAUUAAGAGUUUGUAAGAAAUCCUUUGAAUUGUA